UUUGUCUUGUUCAAACUCUCUGACACUAUAAAAGUCACCAAACUUUAAUUUGAGUAAGAGAUAUGAACAAGAAGGGUUUGGCAAUUCUAAUGCGAACCAGAAUGAGACCCACCACCAACAACGACUCAGCUCACCUCGCGCGCUCUCCUCUCGCCAACAUGGUUAAUCAAACGCUGAAUGGAGGAGGCCAAACUAGUAGCGGGACCCAAAAGCUCAAUCCUUCAAGCAACACCAAGAGGGAGUUUGAGCUUGUAAGUGAGUCCAUGCACUCUGCAAUUUCAAUGAGUAAAACUGAAGUCUUAGAUUCUGUGCUGACUGAUUUCUCAGAGGGAUAUUUUAGCCUUUGCUAUGAGAAUCGUCGAAAAUUGCUUGAGCAACUUUCCAAAGAGUAUGAUCUUAACAGGACACAGGUUCGAGAUCUGAUAAAGCAGUAUUUGGGACUUGAGCUUCCUGCAACUGGAAGUGACAAUGCUGCUCACUCGGUUGAAGAGGAGGCGUCUCUUUCUGCAUUCUACCGCAUCGAGAGGAACUUGAGACAUGCUCUCAAGCCGAUGUAUGAAGUGCUAUUUGAGCGGCUUAAUACGCAUCCUGGAGGGUUGAAGUUCUUGUCUAUUCUUCGAGCUGAUAUUUUAUCUAUUCUCGUAGAAGAUAAUCUUGCAUCUUUGCGAGCACUGGAUUCCUACUUAAAGGAGAAACUUAGUACGUGGCUUAGUCCUGCUGCCUUAGAGCUCCACCAGAUCACAUGGGAUGAUUCUGCCUCUUUGCUGGAAAAAAUUGUGGCUUAUGAGGCCGUUCAUCCAAUCAGCAAUCUUAUAGAUCUUAAGAGAAGGUUGGGAGUUGGUCGCCAGUGUUUUGGAUACUUUCAUCCGGCAAUACCUGGUGAACCCCUUAUAUUCAUAGAAGUUGCACUCAUGAAAAAUAUGGCUCAAUCUGUACAAGAAGUCCUAUGGGAUGACCCUCCUAUUCCUGAAUGUGAGGCUACCUGUGCAUUGUUUUACUCCAUAUCAUCAACUCAGCCUGGCUUAUCAGGGAUCAACCUGGGAAAGUUUUUAAUCAAACGUGUGAUAACACUAGUGAGGAAAGACAUGCCCCAUAUUUCUAUAUUUGCGACUCUCAGCCCCAUUCCGGGCUACAUGCAAUGGCUCCUAUCAAAAUUGGCAUCCCAGUCAAAACUUGCUGAAGGUGAAGACAUGCCGAACUCAUCAGCUGAUAGAUCUGGUUCCACAUUUUGGGAAAACAUACUUGAACCAGAAGAGGAAAGAGAGCUUAUGGAUGCUUCUGUGGAAUUCACCACUGGGAAAAACAGCAUGGAAGUGAUGUUCAAUUUACUGGCUUCAGCAAACCAUGAGUGGACAAAGUCUGAUACAUUGCUUUCAGCUCUAAAACCCCCCUUAAUGCGAUUGUGUGCCAGGUACCUUCUGCAAGAGAAAAAGAGAGGCAAAGCUCUGGAUUCUGUUGCUAAUUUUCACUUACAAAAUGGAGCAAUGGUUGAAAGAAUUAAUUGGAUGGCUGAUCGAUCAGAGAAAGGUCUUCUUCAAAGUGGAGGUAUCAUGGUGAACUAUAUUUACAGAUUGGGCAGAAUUGAAGAUUAUUCUCAGUCAUAUUUCAGUACAGGGCAUAUCCACACUUCUAGUGAACUUUGCCAUUAUGUUGAGCCAUUGCAAGAACCUCAAAAUACAACAGGAUAGCCGGGUAGCAAAGUGAUUCAAAGUAUGUUCCACACUUUUUAUUUUGUUGUUUUCUAUAGUGAAAAGUGAUGUAUCUUCAAUCAAUGUAUAUAGUAUGUCAUUAUAAUGUAAUAAUAAUGUCUUGCUUCUUCAACUUUUGUUAUGGAUCUUGCAAGAGUCGUAAUGUAAGAUCAAUACUAGUUAAGUAUUGUAGCAAAUGCCUUAUAUGAUAAG